AUGGCUAUCACCAACGUCGUCGCUGCCACCACCCCCGCGCCACCACCACCGUCACUGCCACCAUCACCAUUGCCACAUCCACUGUCACCAUCAACACCGCCACAUCCACAACCACCACCACCACCACCAUCACCACUGCAACUCCCACCGUCGUCACCCCUACCACAACCACAACCAUCGCCUCAGCCACCUCUAGCGCCACCUGAAAGCUUUCCUCUAGGACUCCAUUAA